CUUCCCCACAGUGCGUUCUUCCGAAGAGCCACCGCCUUCGUCUUCCGUUUACGAAAAUGAUUCCAAGGCAAAUUCUAGCCCGAGCCCGAUUGCUAGCCCGGCCCGCCGGCCUCAGUUCACAGACCGCGAAUCACUACUACCCGAGCCUUGAAUUUCACCACAAGCUCCAAACCCGGCGUUAUUCGGAUGCUCCGCUUCCAAUUCCGGCCGCCGCCAAUCCAAUCACUACGGUCUCCCCGGAACCUCCACUCGUUCCGGUUUCAACUCCUUCACUGACGGCUUCCAAAAGCUCUUUGAAUGAAGCUGAGCUGAAGAAGUUCGCCGCCAUUUCCGAGACAUGGUGGGAUGCUGAUGGACCGUUCAAGCCGCUGCAUGCGAUGAAUCCGACGAGGCUUGCGUUUAUUAGGUCAACUUUGUGCCGGCAUUUUGGUAAGGAUCCACACAGUUCGAGGCCGUUUGAAGGAUUGAAAUUUGUGGAUGUUGGUUGUGGAGGAGGGAUUUUAUCUGAGCCUUUAGCACGCAUGGGUGCAAGUGUUACCGGGGUUGAUGCUGUGGAAAAGAAUAUCAGAAUUGCCCAGCUUCACGCGGAUUUGGAUCCAACAACUUCAUCUAUUGACUAUCUUUGUACAACAGCUGAGAAAUUGGUGGAAGAGCAGAGGAAAUUCGAUGCUGUACUUGCUCUUGAGGUAAUUGAGCAUGUUGCAGAUCCUGCUGAUUUCUGCAAAUCGUUGUCAGCUUUGACUGAAAAUGGUGGAGCUACUGUGAUCUCAACAAUCAAUCGAUCAAUGAGGGCAUAUGCAACAGCUAUCGUCAUGGCAGAAUAUGUCUUGCGUUGGCUACCAGCGGGCACACAUGACUGGUCGAGCUUUCUCACCCCAGAAGAGCUAGUCCUAAUUCUUCAACGUGCUUCAGUUUCUGUUCAAGAGAUGGCUGGGUUCGCCUACAACCCCCUGACCGGGCGAUGGUUCCUCUCUGACGAUAUAGGUGUAAAUUUCAUUGCAUAUGCCACCAAGAACCGCGAAUAGAUCAGUGAUUCUCAUUUUUGCACAAAUGUGGCAGAAGGAAUGUUUUGAGGCUGAAAGAAGUGUUCAAUAUUCGAAGAUAUACCAGUUUCUUUUUAUUAAUAGCUGUUAGUGACCAAAUUUACAAAUAAUAAUAUGUUUAUUCAAUGAUUUUGUUACUUUAA